AUGGCGUCCGUUAUAAAGGUGAUCGCUGCUCUUCUGAUUGGUUGUACAAAUGCUUGCUUGGAUGGAUGGAUAGCACAUGACAAUGAAUGUUUCCUGUUUAGUCAUAACCAGGUUACCUGGACGGAAGCUAUGGAUAUCUGCCAACUUUUCGACAGUAAAUUAGCAGAACCACAAACACGUGAACUGGAUAUGUUCAUUGGUAACCAGUCAGUACAUAACAGGCGGAAGUAUUGGUUGGGUGGAUCUGACAUCAUGCAUGAAGGUCAUUGGAUCUGGAUGUCGAACAUCGAGCCAAUGCUAUAUACUAACUGGCAUGCGCCAGAUCCGAACAACGGCAACCAGGGCGAGGAUUGCUUACUUAAUAACUGGUACAAAAUGGGAGAAUGGGCAGAUGGGGAAUGCGAGUGGAAAGAAUUCUACAUAUGUCAACGGGUAGAUGAUUCUGCAGCGACUGGAGUGAUUGGAUAA